GACCAACUACCUCUCGGGUAACGGCCGGGGGGCGGGUCUGGGAUUCCCCUGGCCUGGGGGGGCCGGACCGUCCCCGCUCCGUGUGACCCUCCCCCCCCUUCCUCCGACCCGGGCCAGGUUGGCAGCCACGGUACUUUGUCCUGGACAGCGGCAUCCUGUCCUACUACGACUCUCAGGACGACGUGGGCAAAGGCAGCAAGGGCAGCAUCAAGAUGGCCGUCUGUGAGAUCAAAGUGCACCCCACCGACCCCACGCGCAUGGAGCUGGUGAUUCCAGGGGAGCAGUAUUUCUACCUGAAGGCAGCGGGGGCUGCAGAGAGGCAGAAGUGGCUGGUGGCCCUGGGCAGCUCUAAAGCCUGUUUGGGCGACAGCAGGAGCCAGAAGGACAAAGACAUGCACCUGAGCAGCGAGUCCCUGGGCCGGAAGCUGUCGGAGCUGCGGCUGUACUGCGACGUGCUGACUCAGCAGGUCUUGGACGUCCAGGAGUCCACGCGGCCCCAGGACAAUGGCUCCCCCCUCGAUAUCGAGAAGAUGAACGAAGCCUCCUCCCUGCUCAGAGCCACCUGCAGCCAGUUCAUCUCCACGCUGGAGGAGUGCAUGAAAUUCGCCAACGCCCGCCUGGCACCCGAGCUCUACCAGCCCUCGCCGUCCCCCCUGCCCCAGGACUUCGUAGGCACCAAACUCCCACACUCCCAUAGAGUGAGACGCUCCCUCAGCCACACGGGCAUCGUGUCCCCCGACAGAGGGGCAGAGCCGCCCCGGCCCCCAGUGCCGCCACAGAGGGGCGCCAUGACGGUGGUGCGCAACCUGGAGGAGAUGGUGAUGUUCCGCUCGCAGCACUGGAGCCAGCAGGGCCCCGCGCCCGACAGCCCUGUCGGCACCAUCGUGGAGGAGAGGGAAGAGGCACCGCUGCCCACGCAAGAGUCCCCGGCGGAAUUGGCUGGCAGUGACAAGCGGAAGUGAGCGGCACCAGGAUCCGGGCGCUGCAUCCGCCUCACACUGGGGGCUCGGGAAAAUCUCCGGCCCAGCCCUGCGGG